UCAGCACCAUGGUUAGCGGACGAUUUGUUCUUAUUGCUGCUGCUUCUGCCCUGUCUUUCAUUCUCACAAGCUGUGAUGACUCACUUGACGGUCGCUCUUUGGAGAGUGCCACAAAAACACAGAGGGAGAACAAUUUGAUAAUGGCACUGCAAGAGGUUCUUGAGAAGUUAAAGAAUAAACAACUGCCACAAACUGGAAAAAAGUUUAGCCUACUUCCUUCGUGUGAUGCAGGUGAGCAGUGUGCAGUACGUAAAGGUACAAGAGCUGGCAAGUUAUGCGGCUGUCCACAAGGAACAUCAUGCCACUAUUUUAUUUUGAAAUGCCUUUAAUGAGACAAAGGAUAUCUGGGAGAAAAAUCUACCAAUUUACCUGAUGCUCUUUUGCCUUUUACUUCAGAUAUUGCAGUUAAUUUUCCCCCAUAUUACUGUUGUGUAAAAUGAAUGGAGAUUCAAAAUAAAGUC